AUGGUUUGGUUUAUCGGGUUUGCGACUGAAUGGAGCGCAACGUCGAACUUUCUCAAUCAUGCUUGGAUAACAUGGGUAACAAGAGGGCUUUACACUGGAUAUCGACGAAUAAAUUUCAACACCCAAGGUUCGUUCUCCAAAUAGAGAGUAUAAAGGGUUAUCUGACUCACCAAAUAGUCGAUGAUAUGUUUUUAGUCACUGAACUUUACAGCCCUGCCGGGACCGAGUAUAUAAUUGGUCCCACGGAUUUAGCUCAACAUAUUCCCUGGAUGGUAACUAUAAAUAAUAGCUUACCAAAAGGUAGUUCAUAUUUCAUUGAGAUUGGGCACAACGGAAACGGAAAUAUUGAGGUACGCUUUUAAAACAUAACCUGUAAUGCAUUACUAACAUGAUGUAAGGAUGCCGCCAAUACAACAAGAGGAGAGAGAAUGUGUGGAAUUGGACCAAUUGAAUACGAUGAGCAGAUUGAUACGCCGCUCGAAUUUGCUAAACCCAUGGGAACGGGAAUCAAUCUUUGGCCUGCUCAGCCUAAUGACUAUCCGUAUACCGCAUCGUGUACCAAUCUUGACUCCCUCAAAACAUGGUGGGCAACAGCAGCAAACAGAGAUGCUUUUGCUCAUGUUAGCCACACAUUCACGUCAGUUCUCUUAGCAAGGCUUGCCGAAUCAUCCUAAUUGCUAACUUCUAAGUCAUGAGGAUCAAAACAAUGCGACAUAUUCCGAUAUAACUCGAGAAAUUUCUUGGAAUGCGGCUUGGCUCAUUCAAGUCGGCUUUUCGAGUGGUACGAGAUUCAGCCCAAAAGGUAUUAUUCCUCCCGCGAUUACAGGGUUGCACAAUGGCGAUGCACUAAGAGCUUGGAAAGAUAACGGUAUAAUUAAUGUUGUUGGUGAUAAUACACGUCCUGUGCUCAUGAACACCGUAAGUAGAAAGGAAGCCACCGACCUCUUUUCCGCACUUGACUGACAGGAAAAUCGACAGAAAAAUGAACAUUGGCCACUCAUCACGACCGUUGCUGACAAUGGCUAUGCGGGAAUUCAAAUAACUCCACGCUGGGCCACGAAUAUAUACUACAACGUAAGUUAAUUAUAGUAUCGCCAAGAUAACCUUCUAACGAAAUGACAGUGCGCCGUUCCUGAUUGUACUGUUCUCGAAUGGCAUAACACUGCCCAUGGGACCGGAACAUAUAAAGAUUUGAUUGACACCGAGAAAAACACCAAUAUCCGCCAUCUUCUUGCUCUUCAUCAUGAUGCUUUUAUGUUCCACCAAGCAAACAUGAAUACCAUCACUGUUCCUGUACCUACAAGCACUCUAAACGGCGUCAGCGGAAAGUACUCUAUGCUGCAAACUUGGGUUGGUACUAUGGUACAGGAGCUUACACGGCUGUGAGUUGAGACCCUGAAUGCUACCUCACAGAAGCUGACCAUUCAAAUCAGUGUCACUUGGCCAAUAAUUUCUUUGAAACACGAUGAUGUAGGCUUUUGAAACCCCAAAUUGACUCGCUAAAUACUUACAGCUCGAUAGUUGGCGCUUUCAUUUCUGAGUCGUAUGAAUAGGGACGCGUGUAAGCCAGUCCUCACUUAUUCAGCAGAGCCGAGCCAAAAGAUUAUUACUUCCGUCACCCUCACUACAACCGGCAACAUUUGUUCAGAAAAGAUACCGAUUACAGUUCCAGGUACUGUAACGGAUACCAAGGGAUUUGUCACUGAACAGCUUGGUAUGAUGUUCUAAAACCCCCAUACAAUCACUUGCUCAUGUCCGAUUUUAGGAACUGAUCCCUUGACAAUAUGGGCUCAGAUGUCCGGCUCUCCAUUGACCUUUACUUUGUCGCCUCCUAUUUCUUUCUACUAUUAAAAGAUGAUCAAUUUCAUGCCAUUAGGGUGUACGAUAAAGAUUAAGCUCGUAUACGUGAAACGCAGGUACAAAAUUCAAAAUAUGCAGCUACAGUAUCACUACAAACAAAACUGCAAUAACAGAC